GCAUACUUUAGUGGGUCUCAGGUUGCUCUCUCUCCUCUUGAGAACAUACUCCUUCAGCGCCGUUUUCACAUACUCAAAAAAUAAUGUUGGGAAAAACGACAUGACGUCACUUGAAAAUUGGGAACAACUUUCCUCGCUCGGCUUCUAAGAAGUGUGUUCGACGAUAUUUGAUCCCGUUUUUGUCCAGAUCAAUGGACUAGCUAGUUCAAGUGUAAUUGAAACCAUGAGUGAGACGAUCAUUGCCGGGGCAGUGGGCCAGCCUGGACCUUCAACUCCAGUAGGUGGAGCUCCCACGCCUCCAAUUAGGUCUUCCAAAACUAGUCCAAGGUCAAACCGGCGCUCCGUGAGUGUCCAACCUCCGCCAAAUUCCAAUUCUGUCAAAAUCUCACCGGGUCACGGCGAUUCAAAACCGUUGCGACUCCGGAUCGUGAUCGCGGGUCCGGAAUCAGCGGGGAAGUCUUGCAUCAUUAAACGCUAUUGUGAGAAACGAUUCGUUCAACGAUAUAUGCCCACCAUCGGCAUUGAUUAUGGGGCCACCAAGAUAUACAUCGACAAGCGCGAGGUUUCCAUCCACAUUUUUGAUACUUCCGGGGCCACCAUUUUUCGCGAAGUCCGAAACGAGUUCUACAAGGACACUCAUGGGAUCAUCUUGGUGUUUGACGUUGGGAAUCGCGAUGGAUUUGAUGCCUUGUGCCAAUGGACUCGAGAGGUCUACAUGGAACUCGUCAAGGAUGGUCGAGACUUUGAAAACACUGUCGUGAUGGUUUGUGCCAACAAAUGUGAUACCAAAGCCCGUCAAGUGGAUGAGAUCGAAGCCAAGCUAUGGGCUGAACUGCGGGGCUUCCCGAGUUUUGAGACGUCGGCCUUGACUGGCCAAGGGAUCAACGAUAUGUUCCACGCCUUUUUCUCUCAAAUUGUUCGCAUCCACGAUGAAGGGAACAAUGGAUUGCCCAAGACGCCUUCCACGGCACGCAAAGUUCACUUGACCAAAAGCCCCUCCAAUACAUCCAUAUCCAGCACGACCUCGAAUUACUCGACGUCGAAAAUUGGCAGCAAUAACAAUCAAAAUCAUCGUCUUUCCAACAGUCACUUGCGAACGACAGCACCGCCGCAGAAAAAAGAACCGCCGAUCGCAACGCAAACGCCGAAGGACUUGCAACCGAGUCGCGAUCAACAGACCGUUAUGGAUCGUCUUCGAAGUGGGCGGGACCCCUAUCAACAGAUGGGUUUAGUCCCUGGGUGUUCCAAGGACGAAGUGAAUCGUGUGUAUAGGAAAUUAGCCGUGUUGCUUCACCCAGAUAAGACAGCCGUGGCGGGCGCGGAUGAGGCCUUCAAAACCCUCGGUAUUGCUCGGCGACACAUUCUAAAGUUAAUGGGCUCAUUGUGAUAAACGUAUAUAUGAAGUAAGUGAUAAAAGUCUAUUCAUAUCCUACUCCUUCUCCAUUGUAUCUCCAAGUUUAAGAGCGUUACAUACGUUUUGAAAUAAAAGCAAUUGAAUACAGGACGCGACUUCAUCUGGCAAUGAGAAAUCGGGUUCUUUAUGCACAACAGAAAAAGGAGCAACUUGGAAGUGACAGCAUGUAAAUUGCGACGAAUCGCACACAAAGCCCGAAAGAAGAACGAGACGAAGCCAGCAGAGGCUUUAUUCAUGCUUUGGAGCGUCAUUAUCAAAAAUGUCGUCUGUCAUCACUGUUAUGAUGAUGAUGAUAAUGGUGGCGGUGGUGAUGGUGGUGGUAAGAAAACAAGAUGGUGGCGAGAAUGCUUCAAGAAACGUACGAGGAUACACGUGACAUCCAGAGUUCGGGUUGUCCAUCCCUCUUCUAGCCGUACUGCUACACACGUUGGUGCUUUGUUGAUAGCUAUUGAGCAAACAAAUGCCAUGCUCCAGAUUCUUGACAUACGUACA